AUGUCGUUUCAGCUGCGUCGACUUUUUGGCGGCUUGCGUGUCAAUGCGGGACAGACGGCACGUCGUGGUCUUGAGGACUUUUUUCCAGUGCAAAAGAUAGCGGGUGAAGGUGCCAAGGUUAGUAGCCUUACGCAAGUACCAGCCAGCGUAGGAUCCAAGCAGGUGGCGGUGGGCGGCGACUGGAAGGCCUGGAUGCUGCGUGAGAAGAGCACUGAGGACCUUCACAAGCUCUGGUUUGUACUACUAAAGGAACGCAAUGCACUACUUACGGAACUACAGCACUGUCGUGCCAAGAACUUGGCCAUGUCGAACCCCUCACGACGGACGAAGGUAAAGAAGUCGAUGGCUCGGAUCAAAUUGGUACUGCACGAACGCAGUCAGAUCUACCGGGCCAAUCAGCAAAAGAAGGUGGUUGAGGAGGCUCUGGAGAAGUAG